ACCGUCGUUACAACUGUCAACCAGCCAGCUUCGUGUUUUUCUCUCCUUGCAUCCUCUGACACGCUCUAGCUCGCUUCAUCUUUCCCACAGCAACAUCUUCCUUUUUAUACAUGUUCACAACUUGGGCCAACACCAUGACACAACAGCUACGUCAGUGACCACGCGCCACAAUCUCCGACGGUGAUCUAGCAUGUGUGGCUCGCUGUGCAUAGCGACGCAGCUAUCCCCGUCAUGGCUUCUUCAAAUCCUCUGAAAAAGCUGGUGACCCUCAUCUGGGGAGACUGGCAGACAAAUCAGACAUGGCAACGCAUUGUCAAGUACUCUGUAGCCUGUACCUUGGCUCUCAUCAUCGCCAUCCUCCCCUCGUUAGCCAGCAGAGCGACCUUUCUUAUCCCUAUGGUGAUUGUCUUUGCACAUCCCGGCCAGAGGAUGGGGUUGAUGAUAGAAGCCCUUCUCAUGAUUCUUAUUGGCUCCUUUCUCGGCCUGGUCUGGUCUAUGCUCGGGCUAUAUCUGGCACAUCUCGUCACCGACACGAACCGCUCCGCUGCUUAUACGAUAAGAGGCAUAUUCCUGGUUUUAGCGGUUCUUCUACACGGUAUCCUUCGAUCAUCUAGCCCCAGGCUCUUUAAUUUCGUUCUCUUUAUGCUGGUGGCCGUUCUGACGACCCUUGAGGUUCCAACCAAUUCCACCGUCAUCCUCUUCACCAACAUAUACGUCCCCGUCCUCAUCGGUGGUGCUAUUCUGCUGGUUACCAAUUUGACUAUAUUUCCAGAGCUUUCUAGCAGCCAUCUGGGAACUUCUACGAUAACCUCGAUUAGCGAAGCUGUCGAAACGCUCAAUCGUGCAACGCACUGGUUCAUCACGCCAGGUGGCGACGGGCCGGAAGCUCGCGGGGCACGACUCCAACGCACUACAACAGUUUCUACAGUCAGCCAUAAGCCAUACUCAAAAAGACUGUCUGCAAUGUUCAACUUCAAAAGCAAACGCUGGCAAAGAUUUCUAGCCGAGUUUCCGAAUCCUUUCUCAGACGGGACUGCCGCAGACAUCUUCCUCACACAACCUCUCUCAACUGUCUCUCUCGCGACAUUGACGGACCGCAAAUCUAACCUUCGAAGCCGUUUAAGAAACUGCAAGGCUGUUCAAAAUGAGGUGAAUUUUGAAAUAUCUCUGUCAUCCUUGCCGCCAGCGUCAAUGAAGUUGAUCAGCAACGAUUACAUGACAAAUCUUGUACAGGAGGUAGUGACAGUUAUCGGCGCCUGCGAAAACAAGUUUGUCCUCCUUGUAGCCAAGGAUGCCCCUGCUGCAUCUGAUACGUCCGAUGGUCCUUACACAACUUCAUCCAAUGCACAUGACGGCUCGAGUAGGCCGCGCGCCAAACAAAGGAGGUCCAGAAUUGAUGACGUUAGGCCAGUGCGAGAGAUUAAAUCAGGGAAUGCUGAACUAUUAGAAUCUAUCCUAACUCGCAUUCGGGAACCAGUGCUGGACUGCCAGGAAGCUUUGAAAAACACCGUUGAAACACUCAUUGCAUGUCUAGCAUUUUGUAUGGAUGUUUCGACGCUACCCUCUGGUGAACCGGCUCCCAAACACAUCAUCUUGGGCGAUCUAGAUAGCUGCAUUGACAGAUGGUCGGAAGCUUUGCAGACCUUUGACGCCCAAUCGGCAGCUGCUCUCAAACGGGCCGCGCGGGAUCGGCCGGGCCAGUCGCUCGAUUUCACACCGCGGAUGGAAACAUUUCUGAUAUCAUCGUUUCUCUUGGCGUUUCGACAAGUCGGCGCAGAGAUUAUGCAUAUGACACAGCAUAUACGUGAUCUGGUGGAAGUAAAACAAAACAAGCGCAGCAAACUUUUCGUUUGGCUCCCGACCAUUGUCAGCAUUAGACAAUGGCUCGAAACCGAUAGCGACUCUGAUGCAACCAUUGCUCCUGGGCCCUCGAGCGCAAUGAACACUGUAGAAGAAGCGAUUCCAUCUCCGUCCGAGGCCCCAACACCUCGUGGAUCAAUUUUAAGCCGCCAUAGCCGUGUCAACUCAUACGAUGAAGAAGUGACAAGAGCUGCCACCGACUCUGCCACAGCCAACAACUUACCAGAAGCUAGUCGGACAACACGUAUGUCGCUGGCUUCUUGGUUACAGAAGCAACGCCAAAAUGCAGCCGAUGCAAUUGAAUGGGUACAGAAGUCCAGCGAUCUGGUAUAUGCAGCUAAGCUCUGCAUUGCCGUGAUGCUCGUCAGCUGGCCCGCAUUGGUGCCUUCCUGGAAUCAGUGGUAUACAGAGGUUAGAGGUAUCUGGGCCCCUUUGCAGCUGGUACUGGUAUUUGAGCUUGCCAUUGGAACUUCCUUCAUCGUCUUCUUUGUACGACUAUUCGGUGUCGUGCUAGGUGGUAUAGUUGGGUACCUUUCUUAUGAGAUUGCGCGAGGAAAUCGUGUCGGCAUCACAGUGAUUCUCUUAUUUGGUAUUAUCCCAUCCAUCUAUAUCCAGCUGACGACAAAGUACGUGAAAGCGGGAAUGAUUUCCAUUGUGUCCAUGACUGUUGUUGCUCUCGCCACCGUUGAUUCCGAUUCUCCUGGCCACGAAGUCUUCUAUAAGCGCCUUGUUGCGUUCCUAAUUGGAGGCCUAGCUGCCAUGCUUAUCGAAAUUAUACUCUACCCUGUCCGAGCAAGAGACAAACUGAUUGACUCAUUGAAUGACUCGGUUAGAUAUAUUGAAGUCAUGCAGGCUGCUGUUGCAGUCGGUAUUGACCACCCCGAAAGACCCGAUUUUCGGUCGAAGGUGAUGCAUUCUCGCUUCAACAGGGCUCGGAACAAGGCUCAAGCAUCUCUGAACGAUGCAGAGACCUAUUUGCCUUUCUGCUUGGCGGAGCCAAGACUAAAAGGCAGUUUUAAACCUUUGGCGCCUAUUUACGCCGAGAUCAUAUAUGUGCUCCAUCAGAUCAUUGACCGCAUGGUUAAUGUGGUACAACUCAGAAGAGCAUAUGGUUCAUCCAUUCUGGAGGACUUGAAUUCCAAAGUCCAUACACAUAGACGGAAUGUUGCAGGCAGUUGUACCCUUAUUCUAUUCUCUAUAAGCGAGGCUCUGACAGCCUGGCUACCACUACCGCAGUUCCUACCGUCAGCUAGACUGGCCCAGCUGCGUCUUGUUAACCGCGUCCGAGAAAUUCUCGGCUCUGAAAGGGCUCGAGGUCCAACCGUAUUAUUCCGGCGACACUUCAAGCCUGGGCGAGAACUCAACGAAUCAACAGCAACGGUCCUGACUCAGCGCAAGUUCUUGGCCUGGAACGCUGCUAGUUCGGGUCAAAUGGAAAUCAUCGAAUAUUUGGAAGAGUUGAUUGACUUGGUCAAACUUCUCGUUGGAGUAAACGCUUUCCAAAGCGGAUUGCUCGAAACACCGACAUACAAAGAGUACAUGCGCCGCGUCGAAGCCGAACAUGCCAGCGGCGCACAAAGUUGGGACGCAGACGACCAGGAGAUCGAUAAUGGAAAUGGCGAUAUAGAGCUUGGUACCCACGGCCAAACAACCCAACAACCGUCCGCAUCGACCACUCACCGAAGACGUGCAGCAACGAUUGGUGACCGAAGCAGGAGUACGGCUUUGCAGGUUUUGCAACGAGAAACACAAGAUGGAAACGACGAUGAUACUAGUGGCAACGACGAGAACAUGGAGGAUAUACCCCUAAGCUUACAACGAAUAGGCACAAGACUUCGCCGUGAGAAUGCUGUGGCUAGGAAGCGUGCAUUUACCACCAGUGACACACGGCGCUAGAGGAGGACGACAUUGUUAAUGAUACCCCCAGCACAUACAGUAUAUAAUCGCUAGCAAUGGGCACAAAAUAAUCAUUUAAUAUAAUCACAACCAAGACAGAGAAUGUACAUGACUCCAGUGACCUUAAAACCCAGUAAUAGAAACGCCUUUGCCUAGCAACUCCUUCAUCUCAAACUCAUAACGACCGUACACUCGCCGAUUGGUUUCAGCCACCCGCUCAAAUGAUGUUGAGGGGCGUCUUCUGAGCAAGUCGAGUGCCAUUGAGCAUUGCUCGUGACUUGUUUGGCCGUUGCUGAAAGCGACGAAAGGCUUCUUGCACAUGGCGCGGCUCAAUGGGUGUUCUUCCUUCACUAGGGGGAUCAAACAGGCCCUGCUGAUGCUUGCGCUUCUUCGUGCCAGCGGCAUUAUCACCUCCGUUUUGGGCGCGGGCCAUGUCCUCCUGCUCCUUGGCCUUGAGAGCCGUCUCGGUAAGGGUCUGAACCAUUUCAAAGGUCAGGAAACCAAGAAUAUCGACUAUAUCGUCAGACGGUUUGCUAUCCGUGACGAUUCCGAAGCCAGCCCAUUCGCGGAAACGCUUGCCUUUGCGCCAUGUAAACGAUGCUUGGCGGUAUUCAGACCAGGUGACGUAUUCCUCUUUGGUCAUCACUUUUGUACGCUCAUCAGCCUUGCGGAGUCGCUGCAACGUGAUGUAGUUCAUCUCUUCCUCCUCUUCGUCUUCUUCAUCGUCACGCUCAGGUACUUCUACACUGUAAAACGACGACGGCUCCCAGGGUAAUCCAACUUUUGCUUUCUUGUUCUUCUUGGCGGCUUCAUCAACGGGGCCAACUGCUGGGUCAUCACCGGCAGCGAUAUCACCGUCUGCGCCUUUGUCAUCAGAGUCCUUGAUAUUCUUGCGGACAUCUUUCCAGGACAGAAAGGUUCGUAGUCGUGAUACUUUGGCAGAGUCCUGACGAAUCUGAAAGAUGAGGUCGUUUGUGCUGAUUGAUUUGGAGCCUCGUCUUGAGGCCAACUCUGUACAGUUCUUGAG